GAUCGCAGGGCAGACAGGCAGAGUGUAAAAUGGCGCACAGCUGUCGGUGGCGGUUCCCCGCUCGGCCCGGGGGGAGCAGCAACUCCGGUACCGGGAGGAAAGCGGGCCGGAUCAGAGUUACUGCCUCUCUGCAGAGUGUUUCGGGAGCCCAUCAAAACGCAGCGGGGCUCGGACCUGGCUUUGACGCUGCACUACAAGUCUCCUCGGUUAUCAGAAGCAAUCUGCAGAAAUUUCGGGAUGUUUUGGGAGAAUCGAGUGACUCUAGCAGUGGAGAGGAUGAGGUGUUUGGAGGAUUUGGAUCCAUUACAGAACAGAAAAGAAUACACAGUCCUUCAACAGCUUCAUCAGACACUCCCACACAAGAGAGGAAACCCAGAGGUCGCCCCCCACGAGUCCUGUCCGCCCAGAAGCCUUCUUCGCCCUCCCCUUCUUCACUAUCUUCACCCACACAAGCUCAACCUGAGGCUCUUGAAAAGCCGGCUGAAAGGAUAAAGAGACUGCCAGGGAGGCCACCUGGUGCAGGGGAAAAGAGAAGAGGUCGCCCUCCUUCAAAUAAUAAGAAAUCUUGGGGUACAAGUGCACCAGAUGACAAACAUACAGGGAUUGAGCUGGAUACAGAAGAGGAAGAUGAAAAGAAGGACAAGUCUCACCACACUGAUGCCAAGCUUUCCAAGGCUAGCAGCUUAAAGAGACUGAGGACCACAAAACUCUCACCUCUUAAGUCACGGCUCAAGACUUUGUCAGGUGUACCCCGACGUAGGCGUGGCCGACCGCCUUCAGCUGAGCGGCUCAAAGCUGAAGCAGCUGCUGCCACUAAGCGUGGUAACUCUGCUCUAAGGAAUGAAGAUGGUGCUGAUAACCAAGACUCUUCCAAUGCUCCAGUUUCACCAUCACCUUCCACACCCAGCAAAACUGCUGGUCUUAGAAAAAGCCCUCGACAUAGAAAGCCAGUCAGGAUAGUUCCCUCUUCAAAACGCACAGAUGCAACAAUUGCUAAACAGCUCCUUCAACGAGCUAAAAAAGGAGCCCAGAAGCGUUUAGAAAAAGAAGCUAAUGGUGGAAGUGGGGCAAGUGCCAUUGAAGCUGGAAUCAGAAAGACACAGUUGAAGAACAUCAGGCAGUUUAUUAUGCCUGUAGUUAGUACAGUUUCCCUUCGCAUUAUCAAAACUCCAAAACGCUUCAUUGAAGAUGAGGGUAGUUUUGGAACACCACAAAUGAAGAUGCCACGUUUAGAAACAACUAGUACUGUGUCCACGUGCUCACAACCUCCCCCAGUUGUGUCAUCCUCUGCUUCACCCGUACCAGUCUCUUCCACAACAGCUGUCAGCAGCACUGGGGUCACUGCUCCAACAGAAGCCCUUCCUCCACCUCCAGCCCCUACCCCAAUUGCCACAAUCCCAUCAGAAUCAAAAAGUGUUAACAAUGACCCAAAUGAUGCUACUAAUGGGAGAUUUAGCAGUACGGCAUCCUGUGGUUCAAGUGCAGUGUCCCAGCAUUCUUCUCAGCUCUCAUCUGCAGAGUCCUCACGGUCCAGCAGCCCAAGUCUGGAGGACUCUACCUGUGAGUCUCAAGGCUCAGAGGGCACACAGGCUUUAUCAGAGCCUGAGGAUAACUCCCUUUCUUUACAAGAAGAGAGAGAAACCAAUGAGAUGCACAGCUCCAGGCCUGUCUCUCCUCCCUCUGAACCUGAGCCAGAGCAUAUGCUGGUUGAGAGGAAUCGACGUGGACAUAGAAGUCAAGAGGUGGGACGGGGAAGUCAGAACCAGAGGGUCAGAGAAAUCCUUACAACAGUGCCCAAAAAGCCCAUCAUUAGUCCUCCAACAGGUGUGCUGCUCUCCUCCACAGCCCAUGUGAAUACCCAGCAAGCUUCAUCUACAGCCUCAUCCUCCUCUUCACCUCCACCCCCACCACUUCUCAGCCCUCCACAGCCACCUCCUUCAGUCUCCAACACAACUGCUAUCAGUGAACACCAUGCACAGUCACCUUGGAUCUCUCACUCCAUGCCUCCAUUUUGCUCUGGGCCAUCCGUACUUUCUGGAUUGGCUGACAAGCGCAGUCGAUCCAUUUUACGUGAACCAACUUUCCGUUGGACGUCACUGUCACACCCUGAGCAACAGUACUUCUCAUCAGCAAAGUAUGCCAAGGAGGGUCUUAUACGCAAGCCCAUCUUUGACAACUUCCGUCCUCCACCUUUAACCCCAGAAGACGUAGGGCUAAUACCACAAAGUGGGACAGGUGGAGUUACACCAGUCACAUUCCCAGUACCAAGCAGUGGGGGAGGAACAAAAGCUCUUUUUGGUCCUCUCCAACCUCAUUUGCACACCCAACAAUCUUCCUCUUCCCGUUUUGAUGCACCACUUCAGAAGCGUACUCCAUUGCUACGUGCUCCUCGCUUUACUCCUAGUGAGGCCCACUCUCGCAUUUUUGAGUCUGUGACUUUGCAAUCAUCUUCUGGAAGCAGUCCUGGCUCGUUGUCUCCUCAGCAAUCAUCCACAAGUUCAAGUCGAACUUCCAAGCGCAAAAGGCGACCGGUAUCUGGAGCGCUUCGUGGUCAUUUGCGGUCUCCUUCCCAUUCAAUGACCAGACGGAGCAGCCAAAUUGGGGGACAAACAUCAAGGGGUAAAAACUCAGAGAAGUCUCUGUUAUCAGGCUCUGUUUCUAGUAAUAAUCCCAGUUCUAUACCAGGGGUCUCUGCCAGUCCACAUACCGCAAGUGCCUUAACUUCCUUCAGCACCUUCUCCACAAUGACCCUGGGUCUUGGUGCACAGGCAACACCUGACAGCAGAAGAGGAGCUGCUGGAACCACACCGCUGUCCACUGCAGCAUCAGCUUCUUCCCCACUCUUUCCACUUUUCCCAACCACUGCACAGGACCAAGGCAGAGGAGUGGGAAAGGGUAAAGAGAGAAGCUUGUCAGCACCACAAGACUCUAGUCAUAAAGAAAAAGAUAUAGACAAAACCAGAGACAAAGAAAAAGAGAAUAAGAGGGAGAACCGGAAGGAUUUGGAAAAAAGAGGCAAAGUUUCAUCACGGGAUGGUUCACCAAGUACACCCUCCAGUCACUUCAGUGUUGAUGGAAAAGAGUCUGAAGCCCUCUCUUCAAAAAAGACUCUUGGACGCAAAAAGUCAGCAACUGUGGAUACAGGUUCUGAUUCUGUUUCUUCAGAAAGCCGCAUGGUCCAAUCCAAUUUGCAGUCAGCUGUUGGUAAAGGCCGUUUUUCUAAAAAAGGACGACCUUCUGAAAGAGCGGUAGAGGUUGAAAUUGAAGAGAAAGACAAACAAAAUGGUUCCAGCCCACAAACGGCAAGUCUUUCCGGCCAAGCAAACAGACAACUACCAGUCUCCUCAGUUCUGGCUCAAGCAGAGAAGCAACCUGUUACUGACAAGCGUGUAGUCGGACUGCUAAAGAAGGCUAAAGCUCAGCUUUUCAAGAUAGAAAAGAGUAAGAUGAAACCUGCUGAGCCAACUAAGCUAAUGGGGCAAGAAAGUGAUUCAUCAGAAACCUCAGUCCGUGGUCCACGCAUCAAACAUGUGUGUCGUCGUGCAGCUGUGGCCCUAGGCCGCAAUAGGGCAGUGUUUCCUGAUGACAUGCCCACACUCAGUGCCUUGCCCUGGGAGGAGAGAGAAAAAAUUUUAUCAUCCAUGGGAAAUGAUGACAAGUCAUCUGUAGCGGGCUCUGAAGAGGCAGAGCCACAAUCUCCUCCAAUAAAGCCACGGGAAACACGACACAAGCCUGUUCAAGAAGCUCCCCCUAAAAAAGGACGGCGCUCCCGGCGCUGUGGCCAAUGCUCAGGCUGUCAGGUACCUGAAGACUGUGGUGAAUGUACUAACUGUCUUGACAAGCCAAAAUUUGGAGGAAGAAAUAUCAAAAAGCAGUGCUGCAAGAUGAGGAAGUGUCAGAAUCUACAAUGGAUGCCCUCAAAGAUGUUUCUUCAGAAGCAAGGGAAAGGCAAAAAGGAUAAGCGAAAGAACAAGGUGUCAGAGAAGAAGGAUUCUGUAAAUCCGGUUAAAGGGCCUAAUAUAGACUCUACUAUGAAACCUACUCCUUCACCAGCAAAGGAGGAGCCUUUGGGUAAAAAGAGUGCAACAUCUCCUUUAAAGCUCUCAGAGGACAAAUUUAGAGACCAGCCAUCAGAACAAUCAUCUCCCCUGACAACAUCCCCUCCACAUGUUGACACUUCGGAACCCCCUGUACAAACUCAAGAUCUGUCUCCGGUCCCAGAAGUGACCAAUGCAUCCAGUCUGCCCAGUAAGAAAGGACACAAAGCUCAACAGUCAGUGGAAACGUCUUCAUCCUCCUCUUCUUCUACUUCAUCAUCCUCCUCUUCCUCCUCCUCAUCAUCGUCAUCAUCCUCAUCCUCAUCAUCAUCUUCAGCACAGAACUCUCCAGCUAAAACAACAUCAGCUCACCAACAAACCCAACAGCAGCACUGUCCAACUAAUAAUCAGACAAUGUCAAAAAAGGAACCUCCCAAACUCCAAUCAAGUGAGCCCAGGAGAAAGCAGCAGUCUUCAAGUCAACACAGCUCAGUUACACCAGAUCCAGCAGAUUUAAAGCUAUCAAAAAGAUCAACUUCACGGUCUGUCCCUCCAUCUCCAAAACAGAGGCCAAAAGACAAGGCACUGACCUCUAAACCACCCAGCAGCAGUAAUUUAAACUGGUUGAGCACUCCCUCGACUAGGGGCCCAACAAAGUUCAGAGCACCCCCCUGCGACGGAGUGCAUCGCAUCAGAGUGGAUUUUAAGAGGGACCAUGAUGUAGACAAGGUGUGGGAGGCAGGUGGUCUCAGCCUACUCACCUCUGUGCCGGUCACACCCAGAGCUCUCUGCUUCUUAUGUGCAAGCAGUGGGAAUGUGGAGUUUGUUUACUGCCAGGUGUGCUGUGAGCCAUUCCAUCUUUUUUGUCUGGGGGAGUCUGAGCGCCCUCUGCAAGAACAGUUUGAAAAUUGGUGUUGCCGAAGGUGUCGAUUUUGUCAGGCUUGUGGGCGCCAACACCAGAAAACAAAACAGCCACUACUUGAGUGUGACAAGUGCCGUAACAGCUAUCACCCGGAGUGCCUGGGUACUAACCACCCUACCAGACUCACCAAAAAGAAAAAAGUCUGGGUUUGCAGCAAAUGUGUGCGCUGUAAAAGUUGUGGGGCCACUAAGCCUGGAAAAUCAUGGAAUGCCCAAUGGUCACAUGACUUUUCAAUGUGUCAUGACUGUGCCAAACUCUGUGUUAAAGGGAAACAUUGCCUGCUGUGUGAUAAGCGCUAUGAUGAAGAUGAUGACGGUGAAAGCAAGAUGAUGCAAUGUUGCCAUUGUAAAUGCUGGGUUCAUGCCAAGUGUGAGAAAGUGACAGAUGAAAUGUAUGAGCUGCUGUCCAAGCUCCCGGAGAGUGUUGGCUUCACAUGUACUAAAUGUACAGAGUGCUACCCGACCCAGUGGCGAACAGAAUUGGAAAGGGAGCUUCAGGGUUGCAUUCGCCAUGUCCUUAAUGCCUUGCUGAACUCUCAUACGUCCAUGCAUCUUUUGCGCUACAGACAGCAGACAGUGAAACCUCCAGAACUAAACCCAGAAACAGAGGAAAGCCAGCCAUCCCGCCGCUCUCCAGAGGGGCCCGAUCCCCCGGUUCUGAUGGAGGCACCUCCUGGGCCCAGUGACUCACCACAAGAUCUAGAGUCUGUUGAGAAAAAAAUGGAUUUGGGAUGCUACAAGUCAGUGCUGGAGUUUGGAGAUGAUAUUGCUAGAAUCAUUCAAACAGCCAUUAACAAUGACGGUGGCCUGCCUGAGAGCCGCAAAGCUAACAGUAUGGUCAAAGCAUUUUUUAUUCGGCAAAUGGAUCGUGUCUUCCCGUGGUUCAAAAUCAGAAAUUCAAGGUUAUGGGAAAGACAAAAAGUCACAGCUAAUAGUGGUCUCCUCCCAAAUGCAGUACUGCCUCCAUCAUUGGACCAUAACUAUGCCCAGUGGCAGGAGAGGCAAGAACUUUCUCGAGCAGUACAACCCCUCUUCACAAAGAAGAUAAUUCCAGCUCCUUGUCCCCAGCCCCCGAGUGAACCAGAUUGUCCUUCAUUGCCUCCUCCUGUCCACCCAACGUUUCUCCUACCUCCUCCACUAUCAUCUGAUUAUGAGGACAGCCCAGAUUCCCCUUCUCCUCCUGGUAUUGGUGACAACAGGCAAUGUGCUUUAUGCCUCAAGUAUGGUGAUGAGAACCAUAAUGAAGGGGGUAGGUUGCUUUACAUUGGUCAGAAUGAAUGGACCCAUAUUAACUGUGCCCUUUGGUCUGCUGACGUGUUUGAGGAUGAUGAUGGCUCCCUAAAAAAUGUUCAUUUGGCUGUUCACCGAGGAAAGCAGAUGUGCUGUGAGAAGUGUCAAAGUCCUGGGGCCACAGUUAGCUGCUGUCUUACCUCUUGCACCAAUAAUUACCACUUUAUGUGUGCCCGCCAAUGUCACUGCAUCUUCCUGGAAGACAAGAAAGUGUAUUGUUCAAAGCACAGGGACUUAAUUAAAGGAGAUGUUGUGUCAGGGUUUGAGGUAACCCGCAGAGUGCUGGUGGACAUAGAGGGCAUGAGUCUAAAGAAGAAGUGGCUGUCGGGACUAGAACCUGAUGAUGUUCAUAUGAUAAUUGGCUCCAUGACAAUUGAUUGUUUGGGAAAACUGACUGAGUUCUCAGACUGCAAACGCAAGCUCUUUCCAGUGGGAUACCAAUGCUCAAGGGUGUACUGGAGUACUAUAGAUGCAAGGAAGCGCUGUGUGUACACCUGCAGGAUCCUAGUUUGCCAUCCUCCAGUGUCAGAAUGUGACCCCAAGAGCACAAUGACUCCUGAAGAAAAUCGCACAAUAGCACACAGUCCAUCUCCAAUAGCAGAUUUUCCAGAUCCAUUUGAGUCCCCAAGACGCUCUGACACACUUUCACCUUCAAGCACCCCUAAACUCAGGGUUUACACUAGAAAUCGGCACCCCAGUUACCCUCCAGCUGGCCCUAGACCUAUGCUUUCUCAAGGGGGCACCACUCGAACUCCAAGCCAUGAAGUUGUGACAGCAGGACAUUCACAGCCAAAUCCCACCGUUAAAAGUGUUGACUCACGACGCCACAGCUCUCCCUCUCUUUCCCCUCCUCAGUCGCUUAUCAGACAAAGAGGGGUUGUUUCUUCUCCCCAGAUUAUAUCAAGACCCCUAACAUCCCCACCUCCCCUAAUCCCAUCUCCUGCCAGAGACCCUGAAAGGUCGAAACAUCUCGGCAAAGAAUCUGCUCACAGGGAAGAUGAAAAAAGCAGGUUGUUCCCAACAGACAAAAACAGAUGGCAGCAGACAAGAGAUCAGUCACAUAAAGAUACAAACAAAGUGAGAGUGUUAAGUCGAGACCAAGUCUCUAAGGACACACAUAGGAAUAAAUCUAAAGAAAUCCGCCUGAAGGACCGGGGUCAAAUAUCAGCCAAAGAGCCUGAACAACAGAAAUCGUUGACCAAAGAGUCAAGUGUAAAGGACAUGGAUAGGGGACGAACCGUAAACAGGGACCACUAUAGAGAUCCAGAAAAAGAGAGACAACUGACUAAAAGCUCUGAAAAGGCACCCCAGCCCAGCAUGUGCUUAACCAACAGAGAAACAGAAAAAAAUAAAACAUCCUCCAGAUCCCAGUUAGUGGAAAAAAAUAAAUUGCUCAGUAGAGAUGCAGGUUUAAGAGACUCUAAUAAGCAUCGGCAUCAUAGUAGGGAAUCAGGGAAAGACUCAGGCCAAGGUAAAGACCGAUCAAGUCGAGACUCUGACAAGUGUAGACUUCACCCCAGAGACUCAAAUCACAGAAGCACAGAACGGUAUAAAGACUCAGGGAAAGACAGUCACCAUGGAUCUCAGUUUAAGUCUGGUGGUGAAAUUAGGAGCUCCAGACUGACCCCUACAGGUCAGGGCCAGACCUCUCCUCCUGCAGGCACUGCUGUUGUCACAGGACAGCUCGCUGACAGACAUGAAAAACACAGGAGCAAUGAACUUUCUUCAAACUCAUCUCGUCACAAAUCCCUCUCCUCAUCAGACUUCAACCAACUGAAAGAUAAGUCCAACUCAGGGAAGGUGAGCACCAGUAGCUCUGGAAAUGUAUUGCCUGCUACUUUACAGAAGACCCCACAUAUCGGAAAAUCUGGCUCCCCUCAGCCAUUUCAGAAAGGCAGUUCACAAAAAUCACAUGAUUAUGUUCAAAGCCCAAUCCCAGCAGCAGCACUGAAGCCUCUGUGGUCAUCAAGGUCACCAGCAGAUGAGGAUAAUUUAAAACAAGGAUCAAACUCCCCCACUGCAAAAGACAAACAUGCAAAAGUUAAAAAGUCAAGCAGCAGUCAAAUAGACAAAAGUCUGACAACAUGCAGCAGUGACAGUUAUUCCACUUUAAACAACAAUAAUAUUAAAAUGACUGGUAGCUCAAAAGUAGAUACUCACAACUCCAGCAGCAAUAGCAAAACACAAAUGAUCCGAAAUCACACCAAAGCUCAUAACAAAACUCAAGGAGAAAACAUUGAAAACUUGAAAGAAGAUAGAUCAUCUUCAAAAAGCAGACAGAUGCUCUCAGAUUCUGAUAAAAAGAUGACCCCAGAUCAUUCAAAACCAAUGCAGCAAGCAAGCUUAGCCAUAGAGAAGUCUCAAACAAAACACAACACAACUAACCAACUAUCUGUAAGAGAGAAAUCUUCUAAGCCCCCUACAUCUGCUUCUACGCCAACCAAUCCAAAUAGUGCAAACACUAUUGAUGGAAUUUCUUCUACUUGUCAUAGCACGGUCACUACCUCUUCUGUCUUACCUGCUGGUCAGGGAGGCUGCAGGUCUGCCAGCUCAGCUCACUUCUCCUCACCUUCCACUAACAGCGACGGGUCUGAGUCAGACACACACCCUCACACAGCAGAAGAAGCUCUGCACAGAGGGUAUUCCCAAGGCCUUCUUGCUCAAGGCACUGAGGAUGACACUGAAGGCCAUGAUGAUGAUCACAGGAGUUUAGAAGACAAGCACCAUGAGGAUGACAGUGAUGGCUCAGGAUCUGCUAAGAGACGGUAUCCCCGCCGCAGUGCUCGUGCCCGCUCUAACAUGUUUUUUGGUCUCACACCUUUUUAUGGAGUUCGCUCUUAUGGUGAGGAAGACCUCCACUUCUAUGGAGGUGAAGAGGGUGCAGGACAGAUGCUCAAGAAAAGGUCCGGAGGUCGUAAGAAGUCAGCAGAAGGGCAGGUGGAUGGAGCAGAUGAUAUCAGUUCAUCCUCUACAUCUGGUGAAAGCGGCGAUGAUGAGAGUAACAAUAACCCCUAUUACUACAACUUCACCCGAACAAUUAUCAACCCUGGAGAAGGACUCCCAUCAAUAGAAGGGAUAGACCAGUGUCUGGGGCAAGGCUCCCAACUCCAGCGCUUUCUCAAAGAUGAGGAGCAACAGAAAAGACAAGCAAGCACAGAUGAGGACCUGUUAAGUGGCUUGUCCUUGGGACAGCAGCAUAUUGGUCAGCUGGAUGGUGUUGAUGAUGGUUCAGAGAGUGACACAAGCAUUUGCACCACCAGCACAACAAGCACCACAGCCACUUCCACUCCUCAUAAAAACACCCCCAAGAGAAGGACCAGGGAGAGGCACUCUGAGAAGAUGGACUCGCACAAUUCCAACAAGGAUUCUGACAAUAGUGCAGGUGGAGGGGGCACAAACACACGAGAGGGCAGGAAACACCAGAAGGAAAACUGCCUUCCUCUUGGAGGAAAGUCUCAGGCACAAAGUCAAGGUCAGGAUCCCCUUGAUGCCCAGCUGUCUCUCAGUACUGACUUGCUUAAGUCUGACUCAGACAACAACAACAGUGAUGACUGUGGUAACAUUUUACCCUCCGACAUAAUGGAGUUUGUUCUAAACACGCCCUCGAUGCAGACUUUGGGCCAACAGGCAGAGUCUUCCUCAUCAGAACUACUGCUCGAUGAGGGCUAUGUUGGAGUAGACGUCAACAGACGCAAAGACAUUCUCUUUGAAGAUUUUCCGCAGCCCCUGUCCAGUUCUGAGAGUGGAGGUGGAGUAGAGAGCAAUGUUAACAACUCCAUGUCUGUGGAGGAGCCAUACCUGCCUCUAGCACUUCCUUCUGACCUCUCUGUCCUCACCACUCGCAGUCCAACUGUUAGCACCAAUCAGAACCACACAGCUGGUAGUCUUAUCACAGACACCUCAGACCGUAGCAUGCUGAGCUUAACCCCUGACUCAGGCUCAAUUAGUGGAGGUAAAACUAGCAACAAGAAAAGAGCAGAAAAUCAACAUGACCCUACUACUUUGGGAAAUCGAGAUACCCAAGUGACUGACGGUCACAUGACCCCGGAGCAGUUUAUUCCUAGUCCUGCCAUUGGCCAGGCAGUAGAAUCUACUGUGAACCCUGAUGUUCCCCGGACUGCUGGAACUCCAAGCCUACCAAGUUCUCCAUCUAUUCCACUGCAGGGUCAGAAAUACCUCCCAGCUGCAGGAAGCCCUAGCCCAGUUACUGUGGCAGGACCUCCCCAAGUCACCAGCCCUGCAGUCAUUAAGACAGGCCCUGACAAGCUUAUUGUGGUUAAUCAACAGUUUCAGCCACUAUAUGUUCUCCAAACUGUGCCGAAUGGAGUUACUCAAAAGAUUAGUGCUACAGGAGUUAUGGAUACUAGCUCCUCAGCAGUGCUGAGUUCCAUGACAUUGACAACAGGUCUGAACACUAGUCUAACUCCAGCUCAGCAAAUAUUUCCUGCUACAGGGAAGGUUCUUAGCACAGUGGCUCAUCCCUCUCAGAUUCACACUUUCACAGGACCUGCACAGACAGGAUUCCCAACAGGAAUCCCCAGUACCACCUCAGGAUUGCUUAUUGGGUUGUCCUCGCAGCCCCAAGAUCAAUCCCAGAUUCUAGUAUCAGAGGCUGGUCGACCACAUGAAUUUGGCCCAAAUCUUACUAUUGUUUCCAGUCCUUCUACAUUAACGUCUUCAUCUAUUCUCCCUUCUGCUCAUGGGAAGAAAAGACCAAUUUCCCGCCUCCAACCAAGAAAAAAUAAAAAGCUGGCUCGAUCCCGGAGUCAGCCUUCUCUGGCCCGUUCUGAUGCACCUCCUCCAAACAUGACUCUUAUCAACUUCUCAUCCUCACAGAUUACCAGCAUCCCAGGCCAACCUGCUGGUCUUGUUGAGCUCAAUACUCUUUCAACAUCUCAACGCAAAGUUCCAAACAUAAUUAAACGGCCUAAAUCUGGUGGGGUGAUGUAUUUAGAUCCCACUAGUCUUCUACAGCAGAGACUUCCUCCUACUCCAUCUGGGAUUUUAGGGCAUGAUACAUCUACCCACCUUUUACCAUGUACAGUGUCUAGUCUCAACCCAAGUCAGUCUGUGUUAAAUGUUGUGUCAGUGCCCCCUAGUGGAGUACUUGGACCAGGGUCAGUUUCCUUGUCCACUCCUGUCCUGAGCUCUUCUGACAUCACAGGAUGCACACCUCAGCCUAUGCCUCUGCUCUCCUAUAAAGACUAA